AUGGUCUUCGCCGCUCGUCAACUGCAGGAGAAGUGCCAGGAGAUGCGGACCCACCUGUGCUCUACCUUAAUGGACCUGACGAAAGCCUUCGACACGGUGAAUCGUGAAGGACUGUGGAAGAUCAUGCAGAAAUUCGGCCGUACGGAACGAUUCACUCAGAUGGUGCGUCCGCUGCACGAUGGUAUGAUGGCGCGAGCCACGGACAACGGAGCGGUCUCGGAGGCAUUCGCAGUGACCAACGGAGUGAAGCAGGGAUGCGUGCUGGCGCCUACCAUCUUCAGUCUUAUGUUUUCUGCCAUGCUGAUGGACGCCUAA